AUGGGUAGAGGAGAUAGAAAACAACUUCUUACGGAGCUGCAGCUGGACGUCCAACAACUUCUUACGGAGCUGCAGCUGGACGUCCAACAACUUCUUACAGAGCUGCAGCUGGACGUCCAAAAACUUCUUACAGAGCUGCAGCUGGAAGUCCAACAACUUCUUACAGAGCUGCAGCUUGACGUCCAACAACUUCUUACAGAGCUGAAGCUGGACGUCCAACAACUUCUUACGGAGCUGCAGCUGGACGUCCAACAACUUCUUACGGAGCUGCAGCUGGACGUCCAACAAGUUCUUACGGAGCUGCAGCUGGACGUCCAACAACUUCUUACAGAGCUGCAGCUGGACGGCCAACAACUUCUUACAGAGCUGCAGCUGGACGUCCAACAACUUCUUACAGAGCUGCAGCUGGACGUCCAACAACUUCUUACAGAGCUGCAGCUGGACGUCCAACAACUUCUAACAAUGCUGCGGCUGGACGUCCAACAACUUCUUAUAGAGCUGCAGCUGGACGUCCAACAACUUCUUACAGAGCUGCAGCUUGACGUCGAACAACUUCUUACAGAGCUGCGGCUGGACGUCCAACAACUUCUUACAGAGCUGCAGCUUGACGUCCAACAACUUCUUAUAGAGCUGCAGCUGGACGUCCAACAACUUCUAACAAUGCUGCGGCUGGACGUCCAACAACUUCUUACAGAGCUGCAGCUGGACGUCCAACAACUUCUUACAGAGCUGCAGCUUGACGGCCAACAACUUCUUACAGAGCUGCAGCUGGACGUCCAACAACUUCUUACAGAGCUGCAGCUGGACGUCCAACAACUUCUUACAGAGCUGCAGCUGGACGUCCAACAACUUCUUACAGAGCUGCAGCUGGACGUCCAAAAACUUCUUACAGAGCUGCAGCUGGAAGUCCAACAACUUCUUACAGAGCUGCAGCUUGACGUCCAACAACUUCUUACAGAGCUGAAGCUGGACGUCCAACAACUUCUUACGGAGCUGCAGCUGGACGUCCAACAACUUCUUACGGAGCUGCAGCUGGACGUCCAACAACUUCUUACGGAGCUGCAGCUGGACGUCCAACAACUUCUUACAGAGCUGCAGCUGGACGGCCAACAACUUCUUACAGAGCUGCAGCUGGACGUCCAACAACUUCUUACAGAGCUGCAGCUGGACGUCCAACAACUUCUUACAGAGCUGCAGCUGGACGUCCAACAACUUCUUACAGAGCUGCGGCUGGACGUCCAACAACUUCUUAUAGAGCUGCAGCUGGACGUCCAACAACUUCUUACAGAGCUGCAGCUUGACGUCGAACAACUUCUUAUAGAGCUGCGGCUGGACGUCCAACAACUUCUUACAGAGCUGCAGCUUGACGUCCAACAACUUCUUACAGAGCUGCAGCUUGACGUCCAACAACUUCUUAUAGAGCUGCAGCUGGACGUCCAACAACUUCUUACAGAGCUGCAGCUGGACGUCCAACAACUUCUUACAGAGCUGCAGCUGGACGUCCAACAACUUCUUACAGAGCUGCAGCUGGACGUCCAACAACUUCUUACAGAGCUGCAGCUGGACGUCCAAAAACUUCUUACAGAGCUGCAGCUGGAAGUCCAACAACUUCUUACAGAGCUGCAGCUUGACGUCCAACAACUUCUUACAGAGCUGAAGCUGGACGUCCAACAACUUCUUACAGAGCUGAAGCUGGACGUCCAACAACUUCUUACGGAGCUGCAGCUGGACGUCCAACAACUUCUUACGGAGCUGCAGCUGGACGUCCAACAACUUCUUACGGAGCUGCAGCUGGACGUCCAACAACUUCUUACAGAGCUGCAGCUGGACGGCCAACAACUUCUUACAGAGCUGCAGCUGGACGUCCAACAACUUCUUACAGAGCUGCAGCUGGACCUGCAGCUGGACGUCCAACAACUUCUUACAGAGCUGCAGCUGGACGUCCAACAACUUCUUACAGAGCUGCAGCUGGAAGUCCAACAACUUCUUACAGAGCUGCAGCUGGACGUCCAACAACUUCUAACAGAGCUGCGGUUGGACGUCCAACAACUUCUUACAGAGCUGCAGCUUGACGUACAUCAACUUCUAACAGAGCUGCGGUUGGACGUCAAAAAACUUCUUACAGAGCUGCAGCUGGACAGAUGUUGA